AUGGGGAAGAGACUCACAACCGUCUCUUUGCCAAAGAUCACCUUCUACGAGGAGAAGAAAUUCCUGGGCCGCUGCUACAACUGCAGCAGCGACUGCGCAGACCUGCACUCCUACUUCUCCCGCUGCAGCUCCAUCCGGGUGGAAAGUGGCGUGUGGGUGGUCUACGAGAAGCCCAACUACAAGGGCUUCCAGUACAUCCUCUGCCCGGGCGAGUAUGCCGACAACCAGCAGUGGAUGGCCUUCAGCGACAACGUUAAAUCCUGCCGCGCCAUCAAGAAUGUUUAUGGCAACGCGUGGAAGCUGAGGCUCUACGAGAGGCCAAACUUUGGCGGCCAGAUGGUGGAAUGCACCGACGACUGUUCCUCGCUGUAUGACACCUACAAGGUGCGCGAGGCCUACUCUUGCGUGGUGAGCGACGGCGCCUGGGUGUUCUACGAACUCCCUAACUACAGGGGUCAUCAGUACCUCCUGGAGCAGGGCGAGUAUCGGCAGCACGACGACUGGGCCGCUUCCUCUCCCGGCAUCGGCUCCUUCCGCAGGGUCACAGAAUUCUAG